AUGAGCGCCGCCACCGACCAAUACGUCGACGGGUUCCUGCGCUACGAUGCGUUUCCCCAGAAUGCGUUUGCCCAGCGCGACCUUGCCGUUCCUCGCUUCUCUCGAGCCAUCGAGGUCCGUGGUGGCAACACCAAGCCCGUAAAGUCGAUCGCAUGGAGCUGUGACGGAAAGCGGGUGGCCACGGGCACCGAGGCCGCGGGUCUGCGCGUGUGGGAGGCGCAGCACAUUGGCACGCACGGCAUCAAGGUCGACUCGAGCUCCAGUCACAGCCUGCCGAGCAGCUCCAAAACGCCCUCACCACAUGGGCACAACAUCGCGGCGCUGGCAUGGAGCCCUGUGGACCCCAAGAUUCUCGUAUCGGGAUGCAAGGCCGCAGGGAACAACAUGCCGGGCUCCAUCGCCGUCUGGGAUGUGACAAAGGGAUCCGCGCCGCUCGCAACGUUCAAGAUCCCUGGCGACGUCCUGCACCUUGCGUUCCACCCAGGAGGACGUCAUUUUGCCACGGUGUGCCCGCGGCAAACACGUGAUGAGGUCCUGUUCUUCUGGCUCGUCGGAAACGACGAAGACGAGCACUGGGAGCAGCGUACGGACAUCAUGAUGGGCGGUGCCGGCAUUGACAUCGGAGUCGAAGAGAUCAACUCGCUUCGCUUCUGGCUGGCAGGUGACGCUGUCAUGUCGGUCUCCAACGACGGAUCCCUCACUUCCUGGUGGUACCCGACCGAUGAGCGGCCACCGCUCGCGCGCCCUGACGACGAACCAAGUGCCGACGAGCGGCCAGCGAAGAAGAGUCGUACCUCAUCGCCAGAACCCGAGGCGGAGGGAGAGGCAGAGCGUGAACCUGUGGAUGGCGAGGGAAGGGAAGUGGUUGAGGGCGAGGAAGGUGACAACACUGAGCCUGCCGAGGGUGCUGAGGGUCAAGAGGCGGAAGGCGAGGGUGCCGACAAUGACAUCCCAGAAGUCAAGAUCGACGCGCCAGCAGACGGGGACAUUGAGAUGGCCGAACCUUCGUCUGGAGACUCUGCUGUACCCUCUGCCGCGCCUUCCCCCCGCCCGGCCGUCGACAGCGCUGCUCCAUCUGCACCUGCCACGGCCCCACCUUCCCGACAGCCGACUCCUCCUCCACAGACUCCCUCGCUCGAGGACACCGCGGCUGCCAACGCUGCCAAAGAGGCUGCUAUGCGGGCCGCCGCCGCUGCCGAGUUCGAGCGCAGGAAACACCGUCAACUGGCAAGGUGUUUCCGCCAGGUGCCCCAUGUCGCCAGCUUACUGGCCCUGGCUAUCGACCCUCUGGGAAGGUACCUCGCCAUUGGCGGCCAGGACGGACGCCUCUCCAUUCUCUCGACGCGUGACUGGAUUGUCGUGCGCAACUUUGACGCUCCCACCACCGCCAUCCGCCACGCUGCAUUCUCUCCCGACGGCGAGCUCGUUGCCGUUGGCGACGACACGUGCGUCUUCAUCUUUGCCGUUCAGGCGCGCACCCAGCUUGCCAAGAUUUCCGUUACCAACAGUGUAAACUCGCUUGCGUGGUGCCCCGUGCGGAAUGCCCUCACAUACUCGACCAGCUCCAAGACUGGUAUCGUGUGGUAUGUUGUCAACCAGGAGUAA